GAUGGGCUUCAGGGAUGAGGCCGCGGGACAUUUCCUAAAGGCACUGAAACUGCGGCCGGACUUUCCCGAGGCGAAGGAGAAUUUUUACCGCGUGGCCAACUGGCUCGUCGAACGCUGGCACUUCCUCAUGCUCAACGAUCACGGGCGGAACCACCGGUACCAACUGGCCAUUGAGAAAGCGGUGAGGGCGGGCUGCAACACUGUCCUCGACAUCGGCACCGGCACCGGCAUCCUUGGAAUGUGCGCGCGGAAGGCGGGCGCGGCUGAGGUGUACGCCUGUGACCUGUCUAAGACCAUGUACGAGCUGGCGGGCGAAGUGCUCUCGGCCAACGGCAUGUCGGACAGCAUCAAGAUCCUUCACAUGAAAUCUCUAGACAUGGAGAUACCCAAAGACAUACCUCAAAGGGUGUCGCUGGUCGUCACGGAGACGGUGGAUGCUGGGUUGUUUGGUGAGGGCAUCCUCGAGAGUUUGAUUCAUGCCUGGAAUCAUCUGCUUUUGCCUCCGCCGAACACCCAGGAGCUGUCAUUGAAGAGUUCCUCCCAAACGGGUCGGGUCAUACCAGCUGGUGCCACGGUGUUUGGAAUGGCCGUCCAGUGCCAGGAGAUCCGAAGGCACCACAGGCUGUGUGUGCGUGAGGUUGGGGGGCUGGACCUGUCAGCUGUGGGGGAGAUCCGCAGUCCGGUCAGCAGCUUGGCCAAUCCGGAUGACUCCUCGGAGCCGUACACCACAGAGCGACUGAGCAGGCUGCCGGGGGGAUACACCCCCCUCACACAACCCUUCAAAGCGCUGGACGUCAACUUCAACGAUGUUCAGGAGCUGGAGGGGCUGUGUUUCAGAGAGUCCAGUCAGCUCCGGAUCAGGGUGACCCAGGGCGGGGUUCUGGACGCUCUGGCUGUGUGGUUCCAGCUCCAUUUGGACCAGGAGCUCAGUCUGUCCACGGGCCCGCAAGAGGACACCUGCUGGGAACAGGCCAUUUACCCAGUCCAGAGUCCUAUCAGCUACGCUCUGAAAAGUGGAGAUGAGCUCGUUGUGGAUGUGUCCUGCAAGGACGCCUACCUGAGACUGCGCUGUGUUGCCGUGGUGACAGACGGACGCGUGUUCCGUCUGGACGGCCCGAACGGAGACGUCUCCUCUUCGAAUCCGGAGGUGGAGCUUUGUAGCGCCUUGGCCAGUCUCAAAACGAACCAGGAGAGACCGCCUCACACGUUUAUGCUGGAAUGUUCCGAGGUGGCUCUCCUGAACAACGCCAGCUACCACCACGUCUUCCAGAAGGCCAUGGGCAAACUGUUGAACUCCCUCCAAGUAACGCGGAGGUCAGAGGUCAAAGGUCAAACCACACACGAGCCGUUUUAUGUGCUGGACGUGUCGGAAGGGUUCUCCGCGCUGUCCCUGAUAGCGGCCUGGUUGGGUCGCGGUUCCGGUUCCGGUUCUGGUUCUGGGUCCGUUCGGGCCUACAGCUCGGUGGAGAAGGAGCAUCACCGGACCAUGCUGCGUUUGCUGGCCUGCGGGAACGCCGUUCCAGAGAGCGCUCUGGAAUUCUGGCUCCAGCACGUGGAAGACGACUCCGCCGUGCUCCAGAGGCCGGCCACGGAGAAGCUGUGGAGCGCCAUCAUACUGGAUUGUAUCGAGACCUGUGGACUGGUCCGCCAGAAACUCAUGGAGAAAGCCUCCUUAGCCAGGUGCCUGUUGGAGGACGGUGGACGGAUUUUUCCGGAACGCGUGGUCAUUCACGGGAUGCUGGUGGAAUCGGACACCCUGCUCCAGGAGAGCGCUGUUCAGGGCACGGAGCCGACGCUUGGCUUCAACAUCGCCCCAUUCAUCAACCAGUUCACUGUGCCUGUUCACGUGUUCCUGGACCUGUCCACUCUUCAGUGCACACACCUCAGUCAGACUGUGGAGCUGUUCACACUGGACCUCAUGAAUCCAAACUCCAACUACAUCACCAGAGACGUCAGAGUUCGGGCCAGCGCCUCGGGGAAGCUAACAGCCAUACCGUUCUGGUACCAGAUCCAUUUGGACCAGGACCUGAGCGUCAGUACCUUCAGUCAGGACUCUCACUGGAAGCAGGCAGCAGUGGUACUGCAACAGCCCGUCAUAGUGCAGUCUGGGGACUGGGUUAGGUUAAAGGUCAAGCUUCAUGAAAGCAGCUUCUCCGUAGCAGCCACUGUAGAGGAGAAGGCCGCUACUAGCCAACAUCAAAGGACUGCUGCUAAGGAGGAGGGGCCUGUUGUCAUGGACACUAACAGGGAGGAUGGGCUUGUUGUCAUGGACCCUAACAAGGAAGAGGGGGCUGCUGUUAGAUAUGACACCAGAAAGGAGGGGCUUGUUAUUAUGGACACUGACAAGGAGGAGGGGCCUGUUGUUGUGGACCACAAAGCAGAGGAGGAGCCUGUUGCUAUGGACGCCAGUGGUUCUCUUUAG